UGAGAGCAGCUUUAUAAGGGCGGAGCUUAAUGACUUCGUCAGCCAAUGGGCGGGAAGAAAGAAAAGGGGUGGUGCCAUGUCCAAUGACUGGCAGCAGGGAGAGACAGAUUCAGAGGGAGGGAAGGAGAAGAAGGAGGCUUCCAUCUCAUCCACCUCUCUCUCUCUCUCUCUCUCUCUCUCUCUCCUCCUUCAGCAUCUGCAUCUCAUCGAGCAUUCUCCUCUGUCUCUCCUGUGUGAGUAUGAGUGUGUGAGUGUGUGUGUGUGUGAGAGUGUGUGUGUGUGUGUGUGUUACAGUGGAGAAUAUUUCUCUGCAUCUCUCUGCUGGUACUUAGAGACUGUGCCCAUCCGUUGCCUUGGCGAUGGGCUGUAGGCUGUCAGGGCCGUGGAUGAGCGACGGAACAAUGGGGGUAAGUGCACAAGAUCUGAGGUAUAUACGGAACCAUGAGGCUCUACGGAUCUUGGCCAGCUGCGAGCAACCAAUCACAGUGCAGAUUGAAGGGGGAAGGGGGCGGAGCUUACAGUAUCAUAGAUCAUCAGACAGCAGCACACAGACAAAGCAACCAUGGGACAAUGUCUCCUCCGACAGGCCCUGCUACAGUCACAUGACCCUGCCUGGUAACCAUGGAGAUGGAGGAAGAUAUGAGUAUCUCCCAAACACUCCGCAAGACCUAGAGGACAUGCAAGCAGUUCCACGUCAUGAUCCUGAGUUCUCUCCUAAAGCUGCUCAGAAACAGAACUGUCUCCUCUCAUGCUGCAACUCCAACAUGGAGGAGCCGAGCAGCUUCCAGAGCCAGACAGAGGAUGAGGACUGCGUGUUGGAGAAGAAACUCGGAUAUCUCCCCCUCCAUCAUGAGCUGGACAGCGGCCUCGGCUGGACGGAUGGCAGCUUCCACCAGGGGGAGCUCUCAGGGGUGGAGACCGAGGAGGGGUUAGAAGAGUGCCACACCCACCAGGGGGGUCGGGGAGCACGAGUACGAGGAGGAUCACCUUCGUCUGAGUCGUUCAUUUCAUCAGAGCUGAGUGACUCGGGCUUCUACAGCGUGAGCACAGCUGAAUUCCUGCGCUUUCAGCGUCUGCUGGAGAAACGCAUGCGGGUGUAUAACUCACGCCUCCACCACCAGGGGGAGCUGCAGAACCUGUGCAUAGACACACAGAAAGCACACCGUGAGCUGGAGGCCAUCCCCGAGGCACUGGCCACACAGCAGGACAGCGAGUGUGUGGAGACGGAUCUUCACCCACGGCAGAUGGUCAGGGUUGCGUCCGUGCAGCCGCGCAAAAGCGAGCAUCCUUGUCUGAACUGCCACAGCUCAAGCAGUGCCCCUAUCUUCUCCACCUGCAGUUCACCCUGUGGCCUGCAGAGAGAGCACAUUACUACUGCUGCAGGUAUGCUAAGGAGGAGCAGGACACUGCAUCACCGCCCGGUUCAUGUGGAGCAGCGUAGGAGGGCAAGUCACCCGGCAUCACCUAACUACCGCAGCGUGACAUUAAACCGCUACGGACACAUGCUACAGCAACAGCUAGCUGAAGAAACUGAAGCAGAUGUGCUGUACAAUGCUAACUACAACAUGCACCACGCUAAUCAGCCUGUGCCUAAUGCUAAUCAUCAUACACAUCAUGCUAAUCACCCGGUUCACCAUGCUAAUCAUAGUACACAUCAUGCUAACCACCCUACACUCAAUGCUAGCUACUUUACACACCAAACUAACCUACACCCUAACCACCCUACACACAAUUCCCAUCUUGCUAACUACACCACAUUACAUGCUAAUCAUUCUGCACAAACUAUGCACCACGCUAACUAUCUUACACACAUCGCUAAUCAAGCUGCACACCAUGCUAACAAUUUAACACAUUCUAAACAGGCUAAUAUUCCUUCACACCCCUAUCAUGUGACUCUUCCUGCCCAGAACACACAACACACUCGCACCACACUCACCUUACAUGCUCCACACCACAGCAACACCCAUGCUACGCUUCCCUCACAACACACACAACACACCAAUGAGACACACGCACCCUGCGACACACGUCACGACCACUUCCAUGUCCCCACCCCAUACACACAACACGCCCAUGAUAUACCUGCAGCACAUGCUGCAUGCCACGCCCACAUACAACUUCCUGUCCAAGACUCACACCGCAUCCAUGAUAGGUUAACAUCCGACUGCCACACCCACGCUAUGUUCCCUGCACAACACACACACGCUACGCUCCCAGCACAACACACACAUUACGCGUCACGGACACGCCCCAAGCAUGCUAUAAGCCAGCCCAGUCUCUCCAGCUCCAAUGAUGACCACCAUUUUGCUCCGCUUCCAGAGUCCUACUGCCAUGAUAACAGGGGGAGGAGCUUCACUGAGCCACUUACAGGUGGAAGACAGGAAUGUGAGAAAGAGACUUCAGGAGAUAGAGAAAAAGGGCGGUUCCAUACGCUCAGUCACACUCCCUCUCAGGAAGGAAAUGACACUUGGCCCAAAACAACCAAUCGGCAUGGUCCAUACAGCACCCUCGAGGGUCACAUGACCACAACGACAUCUUCAGCAUGCAAAUCUCCAGCAGGGGCAGUGAACCCGCGGGCGAUGCGUAACCAGCUGCUGCGUGAGCGUGCAUUAAGGCUAGCAGAUGAGCGCAGCGGUGGCAUUAGCACAGACGAUGAGACAAACGUGGAGAUCCGGAGGGCGGGUCGCUAUUGGAGCCGCUCAGAACGGCGUGAACAGGUGCUGCAAAAACAACGACAGAAGCGGGAAGCUCUCAGAGGGGGCGGAGCUAACAGCAACACCAGCGUGGGUGGAGACAGCAGCGGAUACAGUGUGCUGAUGGAGUUGAGUCAGAGGAAAUUGAGUCGUCUCAGGAACAGGAAGCUGCUGGACGACUGGACGACGGUAGAGGAGCUGCUGACUCACGGAACACGACUCGGAACUCAUGAUGAACACAUCCAGAUCCCAAACUCCCUCCUCACCGUCACCACUGUAUAACCACACACACACACACACACACACACACACACACACACACACACACACACACACACACACACACAGUGUGGCAUCAUGGGAAAUUUACUCAGCUAUAUGCCCUCUACCCAGGCAGGAAGGAUUCUGAUUGGUUACGUGUCACAGCCAAUGAGAGCUGAGAGUUCGUUUUUAUUCCAUUUUGGCUUUUUCGUCAUCUUUUUUUUUUGAUGACACUCAAAACGCGGCCAUUAUUUGUUUGUUUGUUUUUUUUAUACCAAGGCCGCACUUAGCACACAAUGUUAGAUUAUUAGCUUACAGCUGGCUAACAUCCUGCAGCAACAUGUUGUUAAAGCACGAAGAGAAACAGUGACAUAACCAGCAUCUUAAAUACAAACUGAAAUGUCAACCAGCGUUUUACUGACUGCAAACUUUUACAGACUUUAUUACUGAAUAAACAAAUCAACUCCUUAGUUAUAGGGAGUCUAUAUACUUAUAGAGGAUGAUGCUAACUGCAGGAUUUUAGCUUCAACACAUCACACACACCUGACAGGUGAUUUAACAUCUGAAGACAUCUGAGUAAAUCUCCCACAAGCCUUUGCGUGUGCGUGUGUUUUGCUGCCUUGACCACAUGAGGCUACCUCCUGUCUCCAUGGUAACUGUAUAUCAGUGUUUUACAGCUCUGUAGUGUAGAGCUCUUUUAAUGAGACACAGUACACUUCAAUUCUCCUCACUCACUCACACACACACACACACACACACACACACACACACCCACACGGUAUCUGACAGAAGUAAGUGCACCCCUCACAUUUAUGUAAAUAUUUUAUUAUAUCUUUUCAGGUAACAACACUGAAGAAAUGACCCUGUGGUCCAGUGUAAAGUAGCGAGUGUUCAGUCUGUAUACCAGUGCCAGUGCUUUAGACAGUAAUGUCUGUGUGUUGAGUUAUUUUGAGGGGACUUUACAAUGGAGCACAGAGUCGUUUCUUUUUUUGUCACAUGUACUUACUUGGUGUACUUACUUCUGUCAGAGAUAUGUGUGUGUGUAUAUAUAAUGUGUGUGUAUGUGUGUUUAUAAAAAAAAAAAAAAAAGGUGUAAAUGCUGCAAUCUGAUUGGACCACCUAGAGCAAUAUGGCACCGUGUAUACGGCGGCUCUGAGAUGCACUGAAACCCCCAGACAAUUUAUGGUCUCGCUGGUGCUAAUGAGAGCUGAUGAUUUGUUAGAAUGAAUCAGAGGUAAACUUUCUCACAAGUCAACACAUUUGCACAAAAAAAUAACGAUGUCAGAUUUCACUGAUUGUCUUCCAGCAAUGUGGGCGUGGCUCUUUACAAUCUGACCCCGCCCAUCACCUGAGACGAUCAUUAAACCAGUUACUCUGGAAAAAAGCAUCCAAAGCCAAACACUAUCUCUCUCUCUCUCUCGUACACACACACACACACACACACACACACACACACACACACACACACACACACACACUCACACACAAACA